AUGAAGUUGGUUGUUAUCGUCCUGUUGGUGAUUUCCGUCAGCAUUUUGGUGUCAGCGCAAGAGUUAGGAGGCUCUCGUAGAUAUUGUGGACGACACCUAGCUCAGACUAUGGCAGUGCUCUGCUGGGGCAUAGAUGAAAUGUCAGCCGAGAAACGUAAUAGUGAUAUGGUUUAUGAAGACUCCGGCAUGCCCGAACUUCUCCCGGCUGAUGCUCGUAAAAAGCGAGGCAUCAUCGACGAAUGUUGUCUCCAAGCCUGCACCCGGGACGUCCUUCUGUCUUACUGCUAG